AUGGAAUUGCUGACCUCACCAAAUCCUCUCAUUGUGAAAUCUGCUCUCGAACUUGGAAUUUUGAUUUUACGACAUGGUUAUGGAGUCAUUCAAAAAGAAUUUUACAGAAUUUUGACAGAGACAGAUACAAGUUUCUUUUUCAUUUCUAUUCGAGAUCGACUUCGAUUGGCAAAGAAGGAAAUUAAAGAGAAAAAGAAUUACCUUAAAAAGAGGAAAGAAAAGGAAUAUGCUCUUCACAAGGAACGACAACGAAAAGAAAUGAGCAAAGUUCGAGUAAAUGUGGUCGAUAACAAUGAUCCUCAUGGAAUGGAUGCAACCAAAAAUCCAUCCUCUUCCAACAACACAUCAGAGGCCGAUCAAGAAGAAGGCAACGAAGAAUUUAUUGAAGUCGGUCAUGUGGAAUUAUUACUCGAAUUUUUGAGACUUUUAUGUGAAGGUCACAAUCUGGAAAUGCAAACCAUUCUCUUGCAUCAACCCAACAAUAGUUUCAAUGUAAAUAUCAUUCAUGAAAGUAUGGAAUAUUUGGUGGCAUUGGAAAAGAAAAUUGACUUUGACAACAUUCAAAUCGCUAUUCAAGCUUUCAGAACUUUCACAGAAUUUGUUCAAGGACCAGCAACUGUAAUUCAACAAACAUUGGGAACUUCACCAAGAUUUUACUCUCGAUUGGUGAAUGAAAUUCUUUCAAAAACCUAUGAAGAUGGUAAUUUAUUGAAACAACAAGAAGUCAUUUUGAAAAAAGAAGUCGUCUUGACACUCACCAGUUUAUUGGAAGGAAGUAACACUCAAAAUUUAUUGGAGAUUAUGAGAAAUUCUCUCAAUUUGGAAGAGUUGGAACAGUUAUUAUUAUUCACUGCAAGAUUUUUGCGAUCCUUGCAAUCUGAAUCACAUCACGAUCGUGCCACGGAUGAGGUCGAUGAAGUGGUACAACGUCUCCGAAAAGAUUUUGACACUCAUUUCCUCUAUGAAGCCACACGUGAUAAAUUGAAUCCAGUUGUGGCCGAGGAUUACAUUAGUGCCGUAUUUCCAAUGAUUAGAGAUGCCUACGAAGAGUUGGGAAUGCAAAUUUUCUUUUUAAUGAAUAUUUUCAAAGAUGCGGAACGUGAACAAUUGCGAAUUCUCUCACGAAAUACAUUUUUGGAAGAACACAAAACUCUCAAAGUCACAAACUUUUUGAAUUUACAUCAAGAUUUGCUGAGUAUAUUUUCUGAACACACAGGUAGUAUUGAAGUUUUGAGAAAUAAUAAUAUCGAAACAGUUUACUUUCCCAUUCCAAGAAUUUGUGAAAAUUUAAUGGAUAAGGCACGUCAUGAUUAUGUACAUUCACUUCCAAUCAUGACUCCAGAAGAAAAAGUGAGACAGCUCUAUAACGAUACAUUUAAACUCGCGACAAGGGACACUUCCUCCUACUUUUCAUUAUUGGAUGAAAAUUCAUCCUUAAUUCCAUCCAUCAAUGACAUUCGUCGAAAUUUGGCUCCAAAAUCCAAACGUAAAAAGUUUGUACCACAUUCUGCACACAGCAAUGAAACUUCUGCAAGUUGGGAAUUUAUUGCUCAUUUUUGGGAAUAUUUAAGACUUUCUUCCUUUAUUUUCUGUGUGGUGAUUAAUAUCGUCUUAUUAGGAACAUAUAAGAGAUUAUAUUCAGUAGACACUAUGAGUGGUAUUCCAGUUCCUGGUGACUCUAAUUUUGAUGUGUUAAAUGCUCCUAAAUAUCCGUCACCGCGGACACUUGCUGGAGAUAUUGUUUUAACCAUUGUUGGUGCCAUUCAAUUAAUCAUUACAGCAACAUUGAGUGUAACCUAUGUGAAAUAUUUUGUCACACUCGAGGUGAAGAAACGAUUUAAAUUGAAGAAACGUGAAACAUGGGACAGCAUUCCAAGAAAUCGUCAUUUUUAUUGGAAAUUCUUUUUAUACAUUUUGAGAGAUACACAAUUGUGGUUUUUCGUUAUCUAUUUCAUGUUGAGUAUGAUGGGUUUAUUAAUUUCUCCACUCGUUUAUAGUAUUCAACUUUUUGAAAUUGUGUUCAGAUUUAAAUCAUUGACUGAUGUAUUGAAUGCUGUCAUUUCGAAUGGAAAGAAAUUAUUCUUUGCUGGAAUGUUGUUAUUGAUUGCCAUGUUCUUCUUUGGAUUACUCUAUUUCACAUGGUACAGUUAUGAUUUUAUCACCACAACUACCAAUCUCAAUACUUGUGACACAGUGUUAGCAUGUUUUGUGACAACAUUUGAUUAUGGAUUUAGAACAGCAGCAUCGUGGGAGAAUAUUUAUGCACCAGAUCCUGGAGUUGGAAGAGCUAUUUUGGAUUUGAGUUUUACAUUGAUUGUUAUUGUGUUUUUAACCAACGUGGUGUUUGGUACCAUUCUCGACUCAUUCCAACAACUGAGAAAAGCACGAGAAGAACGAAAAAAGGAAAUUACUGAAAAAUGUUUUGUCUGUGCUUUGGAAAAGAGCAAAUUCGACACCAAAGCCAACGAAGGAAUUACCUUUGAAAAACAUAUUAAGGAAGAACAUUAUUUUUUAUUGGAAGGAAGUAACACUCAAAAUUUAUUGGAGAUUAUGAGAAAUUCUCUCAAUUUGGAAGAGUUGGAACAGUUAUUAUUAUUCACUGCAAGAUUUUUGCGAUCCUUGCAAUCUGAAUCACAUCACGAUCGUGCCACGGAUGAGGUCGAUGAAGUGGUACAACGUCUCCGAAAAGAUUUUGACACUCAUUUCCUCUAUGAAGCCACACGUGAUAAAUUGAAUCCAGUUGUGGCCGAGGAUUACAUUAGUGCCGUAUUUCCAAUGAUUAGAGAUGCCUACGAAGAGUUGGGAAUGCAAAUUUUCUUUUUAAUGAAUAUUUUCAAAGAUGCGGAACGUGAACAAUUGCGAAUUCUCUCACGAAAUACAUUUUUGGAAGAACACAAAACUCUCAAAGUCACAAACUUUUUGAAUUUACAUCAAGAUUUGCUGAGUAUAUUUUCUGAACACACAGGUAGUAUUGAAGUUUUGAGAAAUAAUAAUAUCGAAACAGUUUACUUUCCCAUUCCAAGAAUUUGUGAAAAUUUAAUGGAUAAGGCACGUCAUGAUUAUGUACAUUCACUUCCAAUCAUGACUCCAGAAGAAAAAGUGAGACAGCUCUAUAACGAUACAUUUAAAAAGUCUCUAUUUGGAAUGAAAGACAAGAUUGAAGAAAUUGUAAAUUUGGAUGUCAUUUCUCAUCAUCGAUCUUCCCAUUCUUCAGAACUCGCGACAAGGGACACUUCCUCCUACUUUUCAUUAUUGGAUGAAAAUUCAUCCUUAAUUCCAUCCAUCAAUGACAUUCGUCGAAAUUUGGCUCCAAAAUCCAAACGUAAAAAGUUUGUACCACAUUCUGCACACAGCAAUGAAACUUCUGCAAGUUGGGAAUUUAUUGCUCAUUUUUGGGAAUAUUUAAGACUUUCUUCCUUUAUUUUCUGUGUGGUGAUUAAUAUCGUCUUAUUAGGAACAUAUAAGAGAUUAUAUUCAGUAGACACUAUGAGUGGUAUUCCAGUUCCUGGUGACUCUAAUUUUGAUGUGUUAAAUGCUCCUAAAUAUCCGUCACCGCGGACACUUGCUGGAGAUAUUGUUUUAACCAUUGUUGGUGCCAUUCAAUUAAUCAUUACAGCAACAUUGAGUGUAACCUAUGUGAAAUAUUUUGUCACACUCGAGGUGAAGAAACGAUUUAAAUUGAAGAAACGUGAAACAUGGGACAGCAUUCCAAGAAAUCGUCAUUUUUAUUGGAAAUUCUUUUUAUACAUUUUGAGAGAUACACAAUUGUGGUUUUUCGUUAUCUAUUUCAUGUUGAGUAUGAUGGGUUUAUUAAUUUCUCCACUCGUUUAUAGUAUUCAACUUUUUGAAAUUGUGUUCAGAUUUAAAUCAUUGACUGAUGUAUUGAAUGCUGUCAUUUCGAAUGGAAAGAAAUUAUUCUUUGCUGGAAUGUUGUUAUUGAUUGCCAUGUUCUUCUUUGGAUUACUCUAUUUCACAUGGUACAGUUAUGAUUUUAUCACCACAACUACCAAUCUCAAUACUUGUGACACAGUGUUAGCAUGUUUUGUGACAACAUUUGAUUAUGGAUUUAGAACAGCAGCAUCGUGGGAGAAUAUUUAUGCACCAGAUCCUGGAGUUGGAAGAGCUAUUUUGGAUUUGAGUUUUACAUUGAUUGUUAUUGUGUUUUUAACCAACGUGGUGUUUGGUACCAUUCUCGACUCAUUCCAACAACUGAGAAAAGCACGAGAAGAACGAAAAAAGGAAAUUACUGAAAAAUGUUUUGUCUGUGCUUUGGAAAAGAGCAAAUUCGACACCAAAGCCAACGAAGGAAUUACCUUUGAAAAACAUAUUAAGGAAGAACAUUAUUUGUGGAAUUAUGUUUACUUUUUAAUUUAUUUAUAUGAAAAACCAGAGACAGAAUAUACUGGAACAGAAAGUUACAUUUUCCAAAAAUGUGAAGAUAAUGACGAUGUGACAAGCUUUUUCCCAAUCUUUAGAUCCAAGACCAUUGAAGAGAGUGAAGAGAAUCAUCAUCUUUCUGCCUCCCAACAAGCACCAUUUAAGGAAAAUCAUUAA